AUGGCUGAGGAGGUUUUAAUUGCAUCGUCUGGGAAAAGCUCAUCGCAACUGACCGGCUCCUUGUUGGCGGUGACGUUCAUCACCUCCUUUGGGAGCUCCAUGCUUUAUGGCUAGAACCUAGCUGUGGUCAACUCCCCUGCUGUGUGCAUGAAGGACUUCAACAACAAAACGGUGGUGAGUCGUAAUGGAACAGGACUCAGUGCGGAGACCCUGACCCUCAUGUACUCCCUCACCGUGUCGGUCUUUGGUAUUGGCGGUCUGCUGGGCUCCGUCAUCGUGGGCAUGCUGGUCUCUCGCUUCGGCAGGAGAGGCACGGUGGUAAAUACAACAGUGCUGGUGUUUAUUGCCGGCUCACUCAUGGGCUUCAGCAGGAUUUGUGGUUCACCCGAGAUGGUUAUUGUCGGCCGCUUCAUCACAGGGAACAGGGUGCAGGCAUCUCUCUGUGUUGUCCCAAUGUACUUGGGUGAGAUUGCGCCUAAGAACCUGCGAGGCUUCCUGGGUCUCGUGCCGAUUAUCUUUAUUGGCACCGGAGUCUUCCUCGCCCAAAUCCUCAGCCUCCAUGAGCUUCUGGAGGAACACUGGCCCCUCUUUCUUUCAGUCAUGGUGGUGCCCACCUUCAUCCAGUUGAAGCUGUUACCAUGGUUCCCGGAGAGCCCCAGGUACCUGCUGAUUGAGAAGCACAACGUCCAUGCCACCAUCACAGCCCUGGAGUGGCACAGAACCAAGUGUAACAUCCAGGCCGAGAUCAAGGAGAUGCAGGAGGAGCAGAGCUCCCUGUCGUCGGUGGAGAUGCUGUCGGUAUGGAAACUGCUCCGGGAUGACUCGGUCCGCUGGCAGGUGCUCAGUGUGAUGGUCAUCAACGUCGGCAUGCAGUUGUCCGGCAUCGAUGCUGUACACUUAUCGUUCAUGCGCUACGUGAGCGUCGGCUGCGUGGUCGGCAUCAUCGCCGGCUUCUGUAUCGGCCCAGCGCGAGUUCCCUUUCUGAUCACAGCAGAGCUGUUCAAACAGUCCCACCGGCCGGCGGCCUACAUCGUAGGAGGAUCGCUGAACUGGCUGUCUAACUUCACCGUGGGCUUCGUCUUCCCCUUUUUACAGAUGUCAGCGGGGUCUUACUGCUACCUGGUGUUCAGCAGCAUUUGUUUUUCCGUGGCCGUCUACGUCUAUUUCGUCAUCCCAGAGACCAAGAACAAGACCUUCAUGGAGAUCAGCCAGAUGUUCUCUAAGAAGAAGGCAGUCGCAGAGACCCAGGGCCUGAUCCACGGGGACCAGCUGAAACUGAAGAAGAUGAAUGGCUAUGGUGGGUUGGAACAUGCUUCGCUGGAGCUCGACAGCUCUUCGUCCGUCCCUUAG